ACAAAUCGAAAAUCGAUAUUUCUAAAAAGGUAAAUAUAAUAAAUUAACAAAAUAUCUAAAAAACUUAAUAUAAUUAUUUUAGCGCUUUGUAUUCAAAAAAAUAAUUUUUAACUUGAAGGAAAGUAGAAAAUGUUACCUUAUCAAUCGUAAGAAAUGAGCGUAUCAAAAAAUUAGUAAAUCAAUCAAACCAGUAAAUUUUUUUUGGCAUUAAAACCAUGA